AUGGAUGCCCAGGGCGCCCUCAACUCGCUCCUUGGCCGCCUGACCGCCAUCCUCGUCGAUGAGGCGAAGCUGCUCGGCGGCCUCCAUGGCGACGUUGAGUUCAUCAAGGAUGAGAUGGAGAGCAUGAACGGCCUGCUCCUCCACCUCACCGAGGCUCACCACCGUGACCACCAGGUCCGCGCUUGGAUGAAGCAAGUCGUCGGCCUCACCCGCGACUGUGAGGGCAACGUCGAGCUCUACAUCCACAACGUCACAGACGCUGGCCACCAUGCUAGCGGCUUCCUCGGCUACUUGCGGCGCAUCGUCCGCUAUGUGCGCACCAUCCCGGAGCGACACCGGAUAGCAACACGGAUCCGGGAGCUCAAGGUCAGGGCCCGUGACGUGGGCGACAGGAAGCUGAGGUAUGGUGUCACCGUGCCACCGGCUGCUGACCAAGACGACACGAUAUUCAUGGAUGACGUACAGGCGCCCCAUGGAUCGGAGGACAAGGAUAAGAAUAUUGGGAGACACGCUCUUCUUCUCAACUGUGAGAGCUUAGGGGCUUAUGAACAGAAGAUCAUGGAUGAUACAAUCAAGUCCCUGCUGCUGUUUGAGGAAGGCCCUGUUGAAGAGUUGGCAGACGUGGAGUCAAAGCCGAAGAUAUUCCUUAUGACCUGGGAUGAAUACAAAAAAACUGAUGGUAUGUCCAGAGUGGAUCUUGAUUUCACAAAUCAUGUUGCACGCAAAAUGUAUGAGGAUAAGAUGAGUUCAUUUUGUUGCAAAGCCUUGGUGAAAGCAUACACAGCAGGCGAGCGAUAUAAACCUCAGAAAUUUAAACCUUUGGACCAAUUACUGCGGGAAAUACUGGCCCAAGUGGAAGCCGACAAGUGUAUGGAAACAUCACAGGGUGAUGAGGAGGAGGAUGAGGCCAUGCAACUCACCAAGAAACUUGAGGGGUAUCUCAAAGGUAAACAAUUCUUGAUCAUUCUUCAAGAUGUCAUUUCCACGGAAUACUGGGAUGUCCAUGACAAGGAAAAAUGGAAUAGCAUAUGGUCUGCUCUGUUACAUGCUACUGCUCAUGGCUCUCCUGGCAGUGCUAUAGUCAUUACCACAAAGUCUGAUCAUUUAGCAGUGUCCCCUAAUAAAAAGUUCAAACCCCAAAGUACAUUUGGUGUUUUCUACAGCAAAACCAUGAAGCUUGCUAGUUGUUCUGGAGAUUCUGCAUAUUGGAUAGCACAAAUUUUAGAAUUAUGUUAUCCCGAUGUCUUUGCAAUGAGGAUGUUCCAACAUCUUUUGUAUGUUAACCCUGGAAGAGGUAAAAUACAGUUAGAAAAGUUCAGAUCAACCUUAAAUCGCUGUCGGGACUCGAACAAAAGUGUGGCAAAGCAAAUGGUACAGAUCUCCUACAAUGACCUGCCUGCCAAGUACAGGAGCUGCUUGUUGUACCUUACCAUCUUCCUAGAAGGAGAUCGCAUCAGAACAACCGUGUGUAGAAGAUGGAUAGCUGAAGGCCUGAUAACGUCGAGAGAUAAUCAUGCAGAACAUGAAGCUAAUUGCUGUUUCGAUGCACUCCUCUCGAGGGGUCUCAUGCAACCUGGGGAAAUCAGUGACAUGGGAAGGAUCAAGACCUGCACAUUACAUCCUGUUGUUCGUGAAGUCAUCACCAGGAUUGCUCGAGAUCUAAACUUUGUGGACACAGACCUACCACCCGAUUUGGCUCGCCACCUUUCCAUUCACAGCAGUACUGGGGUGCAAACAUCUCAAGCGGAUAAUUCUGUUCAGGCAGCCGAUGGCAAAGGCAUUGUAGCAUUUGUUCCAUAUUUAGCAAAGUCGUCUCAGUGGCAGCUAAUGAAGAUGCUGGAUCUUGAAGGCUGCACAGGUUUAAAGAAGCAUCAUUUGAAGAGCAUCUGCAAAAUAAUAUUGCUCAAGUACUUAAGCCUCAGGAACACAGAUAUCACUGAAUUACCCAAGCAAAUCGAGAAGUUGCAGUGUCUGGAGACCUUGGACAUCCGGCAAACAGCGGUGAAGGAAUUCGCCACAAGAUCCAUCAUUCUUCCAAUGCUAAAGCAUCUGCUUUCUGGCCAGGCUGAGUCUUCAAGCAACAACUCUGAUAGGUCUCAGAAGUCGUUUAAGGCGGUGCAUCUUCCCAGCAGCAUUAAAAGAAUGGAACAAUUGGAGACACUGUCCUAUGUUGAAGCUUACCACAGUGUUCAUGAUUUUAGUGAUGUUGGUCAUCUGUCACGGCUGACGAAGCUGGGUGUGGUUCUUCGUGGGAAAGCUGGCUUGGGUGUACUAUUCCAACAGAUUGAAAAAUUACACGGUUGCCUCCGCUCUUUGUCAAUCCAGAUCAACCAACCACACAAAGUUGAGGAUGCUCUAACAUUAGCCUCGCUAUUCCAACAGAUUGAAAAAUUACAUGGUUUCCUUCGCUUCUUGUCAAUCCAGAAUAACCAACUACCCAAAGUUGAGGAUACUCUCACAUUAGCUUCGCCUCCCAAACUUCUUCAGAGCCUGAAAAUUAGUGGAAUCAGAAGUGAGCUUCUCAACUGGAUUGCAGAGCUCGAUCAACUUAGCAGCAUAACACUGAGCCAGACUUGCCUGGGGGAAGAAUAUAUAUGCAUCCUUGGCAAGCUUACUGCUCUGCGUUGCCUCAGGCUAUGGCGCAAUUCAUACGCCGGAAGUGGGCUCACAUUCAAGGAUGGAGAGUUUGAGAACCUCAAGUAUUUGGUCAUCGAUGACUACGUCAUCACCAACAUUACCUUCGACACUGGAGCGGCUCCCAUGCUCGAGACGAUUAUUUGGUCCUUCGCCAAAAUGGAGUCCAUUUCUGGAGUCCUCUGCCUUCCCAAGUUGAUGAAGCUCGAGCUCAAUGGUGACUGCGACCCAGAUCUAGUGACACAAGUAUUUAAAGAGGUCCCCUACCAUAUUGAUUUCAAGCACAAGCCGUUCCAUGGACACCAAGAAGAUGGAGCUUAG